AGCUGAACAUUACUCUGAUGCUUUCAAAGCACAUAUGAACACCAUUAAAAAAAAUGAUGAAGAAAGGCAAGGCCAUAAAGUCAAUUUUGAUGUAAUGUGGCAAGAUGAUUUGAAGAAAGAAAGAUAG